CUUUUAGGAUAGGGCCCUGGCCUCUGAUACCCUGGAUGUGUUGAACUCUUCUUUUAGGAUAGGGCCCUGGGCCCGUAUCCCUAAAGAUUCUGAGAAUCCCCUCAGAGAGCUCCUAACUUAACCUAAAAAUUCCUUGCCAGGAGUUUUAGCUUAGAAGUGAUUCCAGAACAUUUUCAGUGAACUCUGAGCAAGGAAUGGAUGGAAAAUCCUAUCUUAGUGAGGAGGUGUGGUUGACCCAGUUGCUAGGUAUGAGUCAUCAUUUCAAAAGCCGUGAUUGGUUGAUCCUACAAUUUUGAUGGAAAUGAGCUUUUGGUGAGAAUGAGCAAAGGAUGUACCCUCAAAUCAAUAAACAUUAUCCUACAAACACAGAAAAUGGAGAAAAAAAGGACUCGCAAGCCGAACUGGACUGAGGAGCAGGGUUUGUUGCUGGCCCAGUUGGUGAACGAACAUAAAGGUAUGUUACGAGGAAAAUUUGGCCCAACUGUCACUAGCCAAGGCAAGAGGCGCGCCUGGGACACAAUAUCCCAAACAAUCAAUGCCUCUUUUCCACUGGUGGUGCGGACAGGCGACGAUUGUGAGAAAAGGUGGUAUGUGCUGCAGUCCAAGGCAAAAGAUGAGAUUGCAGCACACAAGCGGGAAUCCUCACUCACAGGGGGUGGACCACCUGCAAAGCGGCUGUCCCAGGUGGCCGACACUGUCUUUCAAGUCCUGGGACACUCUGAGGUCAGUGUCACCGGGCUGCCAACAGGCAUUGACACAUCAAUGAUGCAGGCCCUUGAAGUGCAGCAAAGCAUGGAGCCAUCACAAGAACCGGGCCCAUCAAGUUUGCCGAUGAGAUUGCCGCCUGAACCAUCUGCAGCUGCUACUCAGGAUAGCCCGGUGGAUCAAACACCAUUCCCAUCCGCAGCACCUGCUCCGUCAGCAUCCCUGCAGGAGAGCAGAUUGCAACUCACAAUUGAUGUGUUUGAACAACAACAAAAAAAGUCCUUUCCCUUCAGGAGGAGUACUACCGCCUUAAAAUUGAACACCUAAAACAUAAACCAUUUACAGAUUGUGUUCUGUGUCUUGCAUUUAAUAAUUGCAGGUGAUGUCCAGUAAAACUGUGGUAGUUCUUAAUACCAUCACAAGUUCU